CUUCAAGCAGUCAGUCCGAGAAACCCGAGAGCGCACCGAAGUAACAAAACACAAACAUGGCGCCUAGUUACUGCUGUACAGACUAGCGCUGGACAGAAACAAAGUUUCCAGGAAUAAACCCAACGCGCUCGCGCUGAGUGUACGUUUAUACUCGCUCGAGCCGGAGUGGACGGGUUGGAAGUUGCAACUGGCCUACAUGUCAACGCGUUUUCUUCGAGUGCUUUGAACAGCUGGUCCGUCCAGCCAUGAUUGAGGAUAAGGGUCACCGUGUGACAGACUACUUUGUUGUGGCUGGCCUAACAGACAAGUCCACACCACUAGAGCAGGAUCUAUCUGAAACCAAGUCCAGUGGGCCCAAGGCACCCAUCACAGACCUUGCCAUCAUCAACAAGUCUGCAGGAGAAACUGUGCCUGAAGGUUUCACAUGCAUUGAGAGUACCUACAGUGGCCAGCCGGCCAAUCUCAACCAUGGCAGCCUCAAGAGCCCAGAACUCUUCCUGUGUUACAAGAGGGGUCGUGGGAAGCCCCCACUCAUUGACAUCGGGGUCCUAUAUGAGGGUAAAGAGCGUCUUAUUCAGGGUUGUGAGGUCAUUGAGGCCACGCCGUUUGGCCGCUGUGCAAAUGUCAACAACAGCUCUGCCACAUCCCAGCGCAUAUUCAUUACAUACCGCCGCGCACCCCCCGUCCAGCCCCAGAACUCACUGGCUGUGACUGACAUCCGCGUCAUCAUCACAAACAAGGGCGAGACUCCUCCUCACACUUUCUGUAAAGUGGACAAGAACCUCAACUGUGGCUUGGUCUAUGGAGCUGGAAUACAGUUCUACGAGCCGUAUUCUGUGGACGGUCUCAGCGAGAAACAAAAGAUCCAGCUAGGUCUGGUCUCCAAUGUGGACAAGAAGGUCAUACCCAACCGCACAGUCAAUACCAACAAAUGCAUCUGCCUGCUGUCCCGCUGGCCUUUCUUUGAGUCCUUCAGGAAGUUCCUAAUGUUCCUUUACAAGCUGUCAGCCAAUGGAGUCAACCCUCUGCCCAUUGAGAAACACAUAUCCCAUUUCAUGCACAAUGUCUCCUUCCCUUCUCCUCAGAGGCCAAGAAUACUGGUCCAGCUGUCGGCACAUGACACCUUAAUCCUGUCCCAACCUGUCUGUACACCUUUACCACUAAGUGGAGCAGACUACAGCACACUGCUGAUGAAUCUGGGCCCAGAAAAUUGUGCCACACUGCUACACUUUAUCUUGCUGGAAAGCAAGAUCCUGUUGCACUCCCUGAGACCAGCUGUACUGACUGGGGUGGCUGAGGCUGUUGUGGCGAUGAUCUUCCCAUUCCAGUGGCAGUGUCCUUAUAUCCCUCUUUGCCCUCUGUCUCUGGCGGGGGUCCUCAAUGCACCAUGUCCAUUCAUUGUGGGCGUUGACUCUAGAUACUUUGACCUCUACGAUCCCCCACCUGAUGUGGUCUGUGUGGACUUGGACACCAACACUAUAUACUUGUCUGAUGAAAAAAGAAAUAGUAACUGGAAGAACCUCCCAAAGAAGCCCUGCAAAGGUCUUAUCAACUCUCUAGGAAAUCUUCACCACCAGCUUGCCACUGUUCGGCGUACAGCACUAGAAGGCUUGGCAGUGGAGAUGACCCCUAUCGAGGCAGACUUUACCUGGCAUAAGAAAAAGACAGAGCUGGAGAUGGAGAUUCAGGAGGCGUUCCUGCGCUUUAUGACAUCCAUACUGAAGGGCUACCGAACCUACCUCAAACCAAUCACACAAGCACCUUCUGAGAAAGCUACUGCUGCAGACUCACUCUAUGACCUGCAAGGAUUCUUAAAGAGUAGAGAUCGUGCACAUCAGAAGUUCUACUCUCAGCUCACCAAGACUCAGAUCUUCAUCCGCUUCAUUGAGGAAUGUACUUUUGUUAGCGACAAAGACACCAGCUUGGCUUUCUUUGAUGACUGCAUUGGAAAACUUUUUCCUUCAGACAAAGGAACAGAAAAGGGUACAAAGGAAAUCAAAAUGGCCUACAAGCUGGCAAAGCGUUUCUAUUCCAAUCCACCCCAGUGGGCAAAGUGUCUGUUUAGUCACUGCUACAGUCUGUGGUUCAUCUUUCUUCCUGCCAGCAUGCGUACUGCCCAAUCCAAAUCCCGCACCAUGCAGCAGGCCUUCACUGUUCUGCUCAAGAUGAGGAGCUCUGAGGUCGAGGUGCUCGAUGAGGUGUGUUACCGUGUGGUGAUGCAGUUGUGUGGUUUGUGGGAGAUGCCUGUCAUGGCUGUGCGUGUCUUAAUGGAGAUGAAAAAGGCUGGUGUUGAACCCAAUGCUAUUACUUACGGAUACUACAACAAGGCUGUCCUUGAAAGUCCUUGGCCAAGUCGUAACCGUAGUGGACUCUUCAUGUGGACCAAAAUGCGGAACCUGGUGCGAGGAGUGGUGCAGUUUAAACAGGCGUUGCGUGGAACAGCACUUAAAGGAGGACCUUCUCUGAUAACCACAGAGCUUUCAGCGGGUACAGCAGCAGGUGCUGAUGGAGACAGACUGAGUCAUGGCAGUAUAGACCGCUCAAAUGACCCUAUUGUAGAGGAACACAUUCUCUUCCCUCACAGCCUUAUAGUUGAGGACGCUAUUGACAGUCACUAUAGUACAGCCGGUCAGUCUGAUCAGGGUUAUGGAUCUAAGGACGAGCUGCCCCAGGACCUUACUGAUGGACCUAUAACCUCUCCACCUCUCUCCACCAACCACACUAGCAGUAGCAAAGGAACCAAGAUCCAAAAUGGGGACGAUGUUGCAAGUUCUGUAGACAGUGUUGUAGCUGUGACAGAGCCCCCCAGCCCUGCUGAGAUGGCACCUUCUGUAGCCAGCAUUGUUAAACUGUCUACUGAGAUCCCUGUCCACUUUGACAGCACUGCAGACAGGGGAGAAACUGCAGGUGUAUGUACAGCUAAGCUCUUCAUUCCCUGUAAGAAGAGUGAAGAUGUGGCCCUGCCUGUGGAGGAUGACUCUGUAAUCACAGUUUCACAACUCUCCCAGGCUGGACAGCAACAGAGGAUGAAAGCCUUUGUGGAGCGCAGCUGCAGUUUCAGUGCAGAGAGCAAAGCUGGCAUGCUACAAAAGAAGGGCAGUCUGGAGCUCAGUGCUGAUCACAUGGGCGCAGAUGCAAAAAUCCUUGCAUCUGCAUUCUCCGGCAGUCUGACCCCUCCUCCAUUUACAACCAUCACUCCCUUUAAAGAGUGUAAGAUGGAGGCUACAACGAGCUCUGCCCUCCAGCAGGAACAUGAAGAUAAGCAGAAGGAACACAAAGUAUUCAGUUCUGCAGAAGAGAAAGUGGGGAAAAGUAGAGAGCAGAAAGAUUCAGUAGACACACCCCAGGGGAGCGAAGUUGUUGGGCGAAGCAUAAGCAGUGGCUCUUCCUCCUCUAAAGCUGUGGAAAGGGAGGAUGUUGAGAUGGGGGCGGAUCCUCUUUCACUCUUUGCAUCGGAAACUGAGGAUGCAACCUCCAUUCAGAGCCAGGAGUCCACACGGCCCUUUCCACCUAUGGUGUCAAGGAAUCUUGCAGAUGAGAUUGAGAUGUACAUGAGCCUCCAGAGCCCCUUGAAUGGUAAAUCUUCCAGCAUGGAGUUGCAUCAGGGAUCAAGCCACAAAUCAGUUAACUGUCCAGACUCUCCUGAAGUAAAGCAGUCUUUGGAAAGAAGAUCAAGCCUUCCGAUCGGUCCGGUCAAAAUUGCCAGUUUAACAGAGACUCCGAAGCGUAGCCCUGCUGUCACGCGUUCUAAGACAUUUGCAGUCAAGUCCCCCAAGACCCCAGGCUCUGCAGGCCAAAGGUCAUCAUCGCUGACUGCGCUUGUAAAGUCGUCACAGAGCAGUUCACUGGGAUCCGUCAUCAACUCCAUAUCAGGCAUCAAGAUGGACUCUCUGCUGUUAGGGCCUAAAGUAGAUAUGCUCAAGUCAGGCAUGAAGCAAGCAGCCAAUGUGGCCAGCAAAAUGUGGGAUGCAGUGGCCUCAGCCUACUACUCGGAUGAUGAGGAGGAAAGCUCACAGCCCAGAGACAGUUUCCCUGCUAGGCUAGAAGAGCAGUUGUUGUCUGCAGAAGGAGCAACAGAGAACACUUUACCCAGAGGCCUGAUGCCCAGCCUGGCCUCAAACGGGCUCACACACAGCAACACCAGCCUGGGCAGCAGCAGUGAAAGCAGCGAUACCAGCCGUGCACAGCUGUCGACACCUUUGACUCCAGGCCGCUCAGUGAGAGGUGCAGACUCAGAGAGGUCUGAACAUAGUUCCUCUCAUCAUGCCAGCACCUCCAGCAUUUACCAGAAUUGUGCUUUAGAGGUUCUAAUGUCCAGCUGCUCUCAGUGUCUGGGUUGUGAAGCUCUGGUGUAUGACGAGGAGAUCAUGGUAGGCUGGACAGCUGAUGACUCCAAUCUCAACUGCACCUGUCCUUUCUGUCAAAUCUCUUUUCUCCCUCUACUCCAUGUUGAGUUCCACGACCUGCGCUCUACACCGGGCUUCUACUUGAAGACAAGCACAUCAGGAGACAGUAUUAACAGCUCCAGCAACCAUCCGGCCACCUCUGUCUCCUCUGAAGUGAAAGUGGGUUGUUCUAGUGACCCUCCAGGCCUCAUGAGCUUCCCAGAAUCUCCUGAAGACAGCAAGGGUCCUGUUGAGAUGCCUGUCACUCAAACUGGAACCCCAAAGAUCCUGGUACCAGAGCCAGUACAUUCAGACCCCCUGGGUCUCAUGGAGAAACAAGCUGAGAAACGUAACACUUUAACUCGGAGCAACAGCGUGGGAGGCCCACUGCAGAGUUUGGAUUCGAUCCAAAGACCCAAUCAUGGCAUUUCCACUACCAGCCUUCCCAGCAGCCUACAUGAGGUGGCGGACACCCUGAGUCAAAAGUGGCCAAACCCAAAACCAGUUUCUGUGCCGUAUCUCAGUCCACUGGUCCUUCGUAAAGAGUUAGAAUCGCUGUUAGAGAAUGAGGGGGAUCAGGUAAUCUAUACUCAUAAGUUCCUCAGUCAGCACCCCAUCAUCUUCUGGAACCUGGUUUGGUAUUUUCGCCGUUUAGACCUGCCCAGCAUUCUGCCUGGACUCAUUCUCACAUCUGAACAUUGCAACAAUGGAGUGCAGCUCCCACAGACAUCUCUGUCUCAGGACAGUAAGCAGGUGUAUGUGCAGCUGCUGUGGGACAAUGUCAACUUACACCAGGAGCCCACAGAGCCCCUCUAUCAGCUUUGGAGGACCUUCUUGCAAAAAAAGGGCACUCUAGCCCCCACUGACCACCAGGAGACUCGGACUCUGCUGAACAGCAUUGUACGCAGCAUUCAGACGAACGAUGUUUACGGCCCCAUCAACAUGCUCCUCAGGGAGAUCAAGAAACGCCCAGAAGUUAAACGCCAGAGGUUGGACAUGCAUGCAGCAGCUUGUAUAUGUGACUAGUUUAGGCAUGAAGCUCUAGAUUCCACAUGCUUAUAGAUCAUUUACAUGCAAUCUUAAAGCAAUCGCAUUGUUUACUAUAUGGCACAAGCUAAUUUGCCUCUGUUGCUUCUGCAGCCAAUGAGCUUGCUUGCUUUCCUAACCAAAAAAUCCAGAUUCAGUGUUUGCUAUAAGCUGGUUCUGCAGCAUGAGUUUCUCUGAAAAU